AGGAGGAGGAGGAGGGGAGGAAGGAAGGAAGGAGGUGGCGGCGGCGGCGGGGGGAGAAAAGCCACACAGAAGCGCCCCGGUCAAAACAGCGAGGGAGGCCCGGCCAAGCUGACGGAGCCAGGCCGCUGCCGCCGCCUCCUCUCCCUCCCGUUCGCCGCCGUCGCCGGUGGGCGGGUGGGCGGCAGCCAUGACGCUGGAGUCCAUGAUGGCCUGUUGCCUCAGCGACGAGGUGAAGGAGUCGAAGCGCAUCAACGCCGAGAUCGAGAAGCAGCUGCGGAGGGACAAGCGCGACGCCCGGCGGGAGCUGAAGCUCCUCUUGCUCGGCACGGGAGAAAGCGGGAAGAGCACGUUCAUUAAGCAGAUGCGGAUAAUCCAUGGCUCGGGCUACUCCGAGGAGGACAAGAAGGGUUUCACCAAGCUGGUGUACCAGAACAUCUUCACUGCCAUGCAGUCGAUGAUCAGGGCCAUGGAGACCUUGAAGAUCCUGUACAAGUAUGAACAGAACAAGGCCAACGCACUCCUGAUCCGGGAAGUGGACGUAGAAAAGGUCUCGUCCUUUGAGCAGCCCUACAUAAGUGCAAUUAAGACGUUGUGGAACGACCCAGGCAUCCAGGAGUGUUACGACCGGCGGCGAGAAUACCAGCUCUCCGACUCUGCUAAAUACUACCUUACCGACGUGGAUCGUAUCGCCCUGCCAGGGUACCUCCCAACCCAGCAAGACGUCCUGCGGGUCAGAGUCCCGACAACUGGGAUCAUAGAAUACCCCUUUGACUUAGAGAACAUUAUCUUCAGAAUGGUGGAUGUUGGGGGUCAGAGGUCAGAACGGAGGAAAUGGAUACACUGCUUUGAAAACGUAACCUCCAUCAUGUUCCUAGUAGCUCUUAGUGAAUAUGACCAAGUUCUGGUGGAGUCGGAUAACGAGAACCGUAUGGAGGAGAGCAAAGCCCUUUUCAGGACCAUCAUCACCUAUCCCUGGUUCCAGAACUCCUCCGUCAUCCUUUUCCUCAACAAGAAGGAUCUGUUGGAAGACAAGAUAAUGUACUCUCAUCUCGUGGAUUAUUUCCCAGAGUUUGAUGGCCCCCAGAGAGACGCCCAGGCGGCUCGGGAGUUCAUCCUCAAGAUGUUUGUGGAUCUAAACCCCGACAGCGACAAAAUCAUCUACUCUCACUUCACAUGUGCCACAGAUACGGAAAACAUUCGGUUUGUCUUUGCGGCCGUCAAGGACACCAUCCUGCAGCUCAACUUGAAGGAAUAUAACCUAGUCUGACCUUCA